AAUCGGAAUUUCUGUUUAUUUGUAUGCGCUUAAAAACAUGAUGCAGAAACGGAAAUGGGAAAAUUAAAGACAUUUGUGUUGUUUUUCCUGCAGAUUUGAGUUUUAUUGCUAAAUAUGUCGCGUGUUUAAUUUUUCUGUUAGUAAAACAAAACUCACAGGUGAAAAUGGCGUCGUUUUUCGACCCGGUGUCCGUCGCCAUAGAAACCCUGAAAACAAUAGAAGGUGUUGGCUGUCAUAAGCCGGAUCCCAUACGAUUCAAGAUUCAACUCCCCGAAGACCCGGGCAAAUGGGCCAAGAUCUCGAGCUUCAAGCGAGGGCACAACAUCAACAAGUGGAGCAUCCGCUUCCAGAAGAAGUUGGGCAGGUCCACGCUAGGCUCAGACAAACAAAGGCGACGGCUGUCUUCAAGUGUCUCCCUGCCCGUCGUACUACAGGUCAAGGAGACCGAGCCGGAUGUGGUCGAGGUCACGGAACCGGUGCCGGAUGAAGUCGCACCGGAGGAGGCGCCCAAACCUGUCAGUGACCGGGAGUCUCUGGAAAAAUCUGCGGAGGCUUACGAUGCCAUGUUUUUUGGUGAUGACAGAACUGGCGAGGAAGAAGACGAGGAAAUCAAAAAACUCUCCGGCUUAGAUCGAGAACAAAUGCGGUACUUCAAGGCGUGUCAGAAGUUAAAAUGUAUACCGUCUAGACGAAUCAUGAGGUCAAUCGGUACAUUUGAAAUAGAACUCGCGACCUUGAAACUGAAUGACCUUGAAUUUAAAGCGUUUAUGGUCGCACUGAUUGCUAACGAUGAGGUCCAGCGACUGGACUUGACCGAGGCCAUCUGUAGCGAGGUGCAAAUGGCUUACCUGACGGACGUGUUUUCUGAGGAUACCAGGGUGACAGAUUUGAUUCUCGCGGAUAACUUCUUGACGUCUAAGUACAUGGAUCGGUUUUUUGAGACGAUGACACAGAGCGAUUGCCUGGUUUACCUUGACAUCUCAGGAAAUAAUUUAAACGACAGAGAUGCUCCAAUUCUGUGUGAAUACGUCAAGGACAGUUCCAACCUCAGCUACCUCUACAUGAGCCGGAACAAAUUCACGGCAGCCUCAGGGGACGCGUUUGGGAAAAUGAUCGCUGUCAAUACGUCUCUAGUCGACCUGGACAUCAGCAGGAAUGGAAUACGUGUGGAUGGGGCCGAGAAAUUCAUCAAAGGAUUGGCGAGAAAUUCCUGCCUGGAGAGACUCGACUUCUCCUGGAACGGUCUGGGAAAGCCUGGCAUCAAGGCUCUCAUCGCCAUGCUCAAGAAAAAUAGGUCGCUGAUAUUUAUCAAUCUCUCUGGCAAUAGAUUAAAUGGCAAAGAUAUGGAAAAGAUUUUACCAGCCUUGAAAAAAAAUACUACAUUGGAGCGAUUAGUGAUAGAACACAAUUGUUUAAUCAUGUCUGACGUCACUUUCAUACUGUCGGAGAUCUACAAGCUCAAAACUACAGGCCUUAAGAGAAUCGACUUGGGGAGUUACCAGCUAGUCGAGCCCAGCAUAGCGCCCCUGAUUGACCUUUUGUUCUGGGAAAAGAACAUUGACGUCAGGUACGGCAGCACGAUGUCACACAGCGAUGACAAGCAGAAGAACGAGGACGUCAUCUCCAGGUUCAGAGAUGACCCGCUGGCCCUAGUGACCCGUCUUAACGCUGAGGACCGGAUGAGGCUGGUCAAGUAUUUCGGCGGCAUCGAUCUGGAGGCGGCCAUCGAUACGGGAGAGGACAUCCAACAGGAAAGUUUCUUGGACAAGAUGAGGAACAAUAAAGUAACCUUUAAGGACCUAGCCAACCGAAUCCUGAGGGUGGGCGGGAACCCCAAUGACGUCAUCAAGACCUGUCUGGAGAUGGCCCAGGUUACAGACCCGCGAGCUCAGCUGGUGGCCAGAUACAGCAUCUCGGCCAACCUGGCGAGGAGAUUAUAUCUCAAGUCUCGGAUCCUAGGGGACUCCUAGAAUCAGCCAAUCAAAUUCAAGCACAGCCAGCCUGUCGACCAAUUGAAUGUCGUUACUAUAAGUCUUUCAACCAAUGGGAUUUUAGUUUUGAUAAAUAUGUCUUUCAACCAAUGGAAUUUUAGUUUUGAUAAAUAUGUCUUUCAACCAAUGGAAUUUUAGUUUUGAUAAAUAAAAGUCUUUCAACCAAUGGGAUUUUAGUUUUGAUAAAUAUGUCUUUCAACCAAUGGAAUUUUAGUUUUGAUAAAUAAAAGUCUUUAAAACCAAUGGGAUUUUAGUUUUGAUAAAUAAAUAUUUACAACAAAAUGGAUUGUUUGGGAUUAAGAAAAAUAUUUUGAAAAUGGUUGCGGGUUUUUUUACGAAUGUUUAUUUAUUUUUUUAAACCUAUGCCUUUUUUUUAUUCCAAACUAAGCAAGACUAAAUAAUUGUACUGAUAUAAUUUUAUGAAAAAAUAAAUAA